CAUUCAUACCACGCAAAUCUUACGACCAGCUCAGCGAAAUAAGAAAAAACUUUUGCUCGCUCUUAUUCUGGUGCUGUCAGACCUCACACAGCCUGAAACAACCUGCAACAUAAGUCCGAUCAAGUAAACGCCCAAUACCUACGAUCAAUAGCUCAACUAAAUCUUCGCAUCACAAAUCAUCGCCCUCGAUCGAAAUUUUCCACUGCUUGCGCUUAAGGCUUCGAAUCUUCGUGAAUCUUCGUCGGCAGGAACCGACUGCAAUCCAUUUAUCUUUUUCUCGGAGUUGCUAUAGAGCUUCUCAACCGUCGUAAACACUGGCCAGACGUUAUAUAACAGGAGUCAUGCCAACCCACGCACCAACACCUCCAAGCACCACCAGUUAUUCCUUUGUUUCUUAUCCCACAGACUAUAUAUAUCCACACAACAACUACGGCGCACCACCGCAAAGUGUACACCCCAUGCCCGGAAUGUCAAUGCCACAGAUGGAACUCCCUGGAGUAGCAACAUCUGGUCCACCUUCAUACCCAUCACCGUACACAGCAAAUAUGGCAUAUGCCCACCUCGGCCCUAUGGGUAACCCGACACCCCCAAGUGUGAGCCCGAUGCUCGCUCACUCCCACCUCCCACCAAGCCCCGUCAUGCACAACCCACAUUCACUUCCGCAAACACCACCCACUAGCCCCGACCGAUGCAAUGCGGAUACCAAGGUUAUGCGACACAUCCUCACUGCGAUGACAAAGAUGCAGAGCACUAUGAAGGAUCUAGCAGAACGACAAGAGCAAAUCCUUGACCGGAUGAGCUUGCUCGAGCAGCGUGUUGGACGAAUGGAUGAGGGCAUAAGCACACUUCUGGAGCAAUCAGAGGUGAUUGUCGAUAAUUCGAAGAGCAUCCGAGUGCGAGUAGACGACAGUGAGAGACGCACAAGACGCCUUCGAAAGUAG